AAAAAGCCCAACCCAAUUUCAUAUUUAAAAAAAAAAAAAAAAAAAAAAAAAAAAAAAGACACAAAGCGGUAAAAGAAACAGUGCUAGACUAUAGGGUUUCAAAAUUGUGCAAAAUCGACAUUGAUAAGAAAUUCCGAAAACCCUCCUUCCCUUCCACAUCUGAAGCCGAGAAACAUAAAAGAUCUCUAAUGGCGAACGCGGAGGCCGAGGCGAUUGAUUUCGAGCCGGAGGAUGACGAUCUAAUGGACGAGGACGUCGGCGACGGCUCCCCUAAUCGUAACGGGGCCUCCGCUAUCCCCCGGCUGAGGUCUGCCAUCGCCGGAAGUGGCUCUUCAUCGGCUCCUAAGAAGACCAAGGGCCGUGGGUUCCGAGAUGAGGCGGCUGCUGAAGCUGACCGCAGUGCUCGCAUGUCUGCCCGGUUUGACACGCUCGACUCUGAAGGAGGCCCUGGCCCCGAACGAUCAAUUGAAGGUUGGAUUAUUCUUGUUACUGGCGUUCAUGAAGAGGCGCAAGAGGAUGAUCUACAAAAUGCAUUUGGUGAUUUUGGAGAGAUGAAGAAUCUACACUUGAAUCUUGACCGUCGUACGGGGUUUGUCAAGGGCUAUGCUCUGAUUGAAUAUGAGAAGUUCGAAGAGGCCCAGGCAGCUAUAAAUGAAAUGAAUGGAAAAGAGUUCCUUGAUCAUAUCAUAAAUGUUGAUUGGGCAUUCAGCAAAGAUCACCUCGUGGUCGUCGCUCCAGGAGUCCACGAAGGAGGUUUUGAUGGUUGCAAGUUUCUGUGGCUUUGGAGAGUUUUAGGGUAAAGGAUAUUUAUGUGAACCUUUGUCUGAUAGUUGACAAUUGUAUUAUGGAUGUUUUCCGGUGAGAACUUUUUCAUUGUGUCCACUUUUUAGUUGGGUUUCUUAGGGGUGAUGUUAUUGAGUUUAUGUUUGCUGUUCCCUCUUCAGUUUGGUACUAAAGUUGAUUUCUUUUUCAGAUUUUGAAUUUUUAUCAUGUUGUGGAUCAUUUGUAUUACUUUUUAUCUGUUAUCUGGAAUACUGGCUUUGAGUCGUUGUAUUUUUGUGUCCCAAAAGUAUCAUACUUGCAGUUUCAUUAUAUUUG